UAUCAGUAUUCCUGUCACUACAUGCAGGGUAUUCCUAAAGUGACGUUGAAGAUGAAAGAUCCCAUCUCAUUGCUGGUGCUGCUCUCCUCCAUGUGUGGAGCUCUGACUGAAAGCCAGAGCACUUGGGCUGCUGCAGAAGUCUCCACCCAGCUGGAUGUCUAUGCUGAGCUGAAGGAACUCAGAGACAUGGUGGUGGAGCUGAGAGUGACACUGAGACAUACUCGAGAUGAGCUGAAGGUACUGGAGGCUGAAAAUGUGUCAGUGAAAGAAAGGCUUCUGGGCAGUGAGACUAAGGUGGAGACUAUGGAGAGGCUGUUGCAGGACACAAAAGCAGAAAUGAAGAACGAGAAUAUGAUUGAACGAGAGAAUCUGAAGAAGGAAACUGCAGCAAAAGGGGCAGAACUGACAACAGUGAAGUCUAUAUUGGCAGCCACCGAGACUGAGGUGGCGAAUCUGAAGAUAGCAAGUGAAGCCACUGUGACUGCUCUAGGGGACCUGAAGGUGGAAAUUGUUGCACACGAGCAGGAGCUGGCUGCUCUGAAGACCAGACUAGCUGCUAGCGAGACACAAGAGGCAGAGCUGACAGCAAUGAAGUCUAGACUGGCAGCUGCUGAAGUGGAAGUAGACAAUCUAGAGAAAGAGAUGAGAUCAGCACCCAAGGUGGCAUUCUCAGCAGGUCUGACGAACUCACUUGACAUGGUGUCUGGGAGUCAUGACCUGAACUUGGUUUUUAGUAAAGUUAUUACCAAUGUCGGGCAGGCCUACAGCAGCAUAACCGGUUUCUUCACAGUACCAGUCAGUGGAGUCUACUACUUCAGGUUCACGGUGAUGGAUAACCUACACUCUCGUGCCAUGUCUGUCAGGUUGAAUAAGAAUGGACGACAGCUCAUCUGGUUGUAUGAAUAUGGCACUGAUGGAAAGCAGAACUAUCUUUCUGGUGGACUCACUCUGCAGCUGGAGAAAGGAGAUGUAGUCAACAUGGUCCUCCCAAAAGGUUUCAGGCUCUGGGAUAAUGUGGAUAAUCGCUGCACCUUCAGUGGCUUCCUACUCUUCCCUCUCUGAACUGAAGAAAACCGUCCAAAUAAAUCACUGUUAAUUUCACGACAUGAUGAUCGAUGUGAAUCAUUGUUAUCAAAUAAAUAGCUUUAAGUUUCAAUAUUUUGAACCCAUGAUCUCUGGACCUGGCAGUGGGAUAUCCAAAUCUGACUGGCACUAGCACUUUAGCUAGUAGCUUAGCAUCAAUCAAUCAAUCAAUCAAUCAAUCAAUCAAUCAAUCAAUCAAUCAAUCAAUCAACCAACCAACCAACCAACCAACCAAUUGGAUUGGACCAACAGAGGUUAACAGUUCAGGAUUAGCUGGUAGGUGAAUUGAUUUGAACAAAAUGUAUACAAAUAUGUUACUUUAACUUAUUAUACCCAAUAUGUCCAGUGGUUCAAUCCACCACUUGGCAUUUAUUAUCAUGUGACUGUCUUCACUAGCCCUUGGGAGGUGAGUGUUCCGGGGAGUGUGCGUCGUCGGUGGAAAGCUUUGCAUUUACAUAUACCUUUUGUGAAUAGCCCACUGUGUUGAACAAUAUAUCCUUUAAAUGUCUAUACUGAAGUGAGUGCUUUCAAACCAUCUCCUGAAUAAACAACACAGCACAAGUUAUGAUAA